CCGUUGAAGACGUGAUCGUGAACCCUUCAAGCCUCGCUCCCUUUUCCACAGUUUUAUCAAAAACUUCGAAAAAUGUCGAAUCCCGCACAUACAGACAUGGUCGAAGAGGAUGCGGCAGACUUGCAGUUCCCAAAAGACUGCUCUCACCCCCUCCCCCGCGCCCCCAUAUCAGUCACAAAAGAAGAAAUCCUCACUUCAGACCCGACUUGUUUCACCUGCCACUCCGCCCUCUCCGAGCCCUACAUAAAAUGCGCAAUCUGCCAAAGCACAAACCUCUGCCCCAAGUGUUUCUCCCGCGGCAAAGAGCGCGUGCCCCACAGAAACGACCACGAUUACAUAAUAAUCAGGAACGAGUUCCCCCUGAUCGAGUCGUCCACCUGGAGCGCAAAGGAGGAGUCCGCCUUCCUGGACAUCCUCCAGGACUGCGGCUUCGGCAACUGGGUGGACGUCUCGAAGCGAAUGCAGGGGAGGUCCCCCGAGGACUGCAAGUCCCACUACCUCGACAACUACAUCGACAAUCAGAGUCUGCCAGGUUUGCCUGGCAUGAGAGAGGCUCCUUCGACUGUCCUCUCCACCGAGGCCACUCCUUACUCAUUCAAGCUGCAGGACCUCGAGGAGCCCCCGAGGUUCGCCACAGGCACCUCCAACAGUCGACUGUUGGCCGGAUACAACGCAGCGAGAUCAGACUUCGAAGUUAAUUUCGAUAAUCACGCUGAACUCCUCGUGUCAGAGCUGAGGUACAACGAAUUCAGUCGAGAGGACGACGAUUACAGACUGGGGACUAGUCUCCAAGCUGCCAUUGUCGAGUCUUACAACAACAGAUUGAGGGAGAGAGCGAGACGAAAGGCGAUAGUUCGAGAGCACGGACUGAUCGCCUUCAGGAGGACAAUGUCCUGGCUCCAGAGGUACGACCAGACAAUCACCAGGACAACAGCUGAAAGACUCCUGGUGUUUAUGCAGCUGGCGGGGGGAAUGGACUUCGAUUAUGUCCUGGAGGGCCUCCAUCGCGCUGGAGAGUUGAGAAAUUCUCUGAGGAGACUCUCCGAGUACAGGAUGAAUGGCAUCAGGAGCUUUCACAGCAUUCCCAUGUUCAAGAAGCUUCUGGCGCUGAAGGGGGAGAGCGACAGGGAGAGGAAGAUGUACUUGGGGAGUGUUGAGUACAGCUGGAAGAGCUGUCUUCCUCAGAAGUUGACGAUUAGGGAGGCGCCUGUCGUUGUUGGGAGCUCCUCCAGGAGGCAGCCGCCUCCUUUGGAUAUCAGGGGACUUCCUGCUGAGGAGAAGCUCAGUCCCGAGGAGAGGGAACUCUGCAUUCAUGCCAGGAUCCCUCCUGAACAGUAUCUCGAUCAUAAGAAAUUGCUGAUCAAUGAGAAUAAGAAGAUGGGCUCGCUGAAACUUGCGCAGGCUCGGACUUUAUUGAAGAUCGAUGUCAAUAGGACGAAGAAGCUGUAUGUUUUCUUGGUGGAUCAUGGGUGGAUUCAGAAUAAGACCUCUUGAGGGCAAUGGCGUUUUUUAGAUUCGUAAGUGAAAAAAUUCAGAGAUGAGUUCUGCUGGUUUUUUUUAGUUGAGGAAAAUGGGGAGGAAAAAUUGGGGGGUGAGGAAUGAUCAGGUGGAACGACAAUAUUAUAAAUUUCUAUUUCCAAUUUAGACACUAAAAUUAGACAUUCAGAGAUGGUUUUUUAUUGCUAAAUUUCCUUAAUCUGGAUUAUUUUUUAUGAAUUACGGGUAAUUUUUGCCUGGUUGUUUCUGUUAAUUUUGGGUUAAUCUAUGGAAGAAGAUGUUGAAAUUUCCAAAUUGAAGAAUACCUCAUAAUAGGUGAUUUAAAGAGUUCGUUAGAAUUAAGAAAAAGUCAAUGUUAUCAGUUUAAUACGACUCCAGAAUAGUGUCAGUGCCAUAAGAAAUUGAUGAUGGGUGGGGAUACGAAGCUGAAGUGAAGGAACGUGCGCAGGCUUGCACUCGACAACGAAGAGAAGAGAUAAAAAUAUAUUUUUGGUUGAAUUUGGCUGGAUCCAGAAUAAGAGGUGUAUUGAAUGAGAGGGUUUGAUGCUUUGGCAGGUUUUUUAUUUUAAAAAAAUACAUUGAUACCAAAAAUGGAGAUGGCGGAUUGGGCGAUUUAAGGGUGAAUCGAUUAGUUGGGUUAUUGUCUUGACCGGUGGGUGCUGGUUUAUUCU